GCUAAAUAAAGAAUCGGAUAGUCACUGUGGUCACUGUUUAGUUGAUGAACAGUGCGUGGGUGUGAGGUUGUGCAGAUGUUCGUAGAAGAGUGCGUUACAAAAUGAUUUACAAGAUCUUGUUCAGCGUAUUACUGGUGUUAAUCUCGGGCUUCGGAUUCAUAUUUGCAUUUGUAACUGUAGGCAGUUUGAUAUCUUUUCUUUCAUAUAUCCCAUCGCCGAAAGUGGAUGUUUCGCAAAUUCCUGAGACCACAACAUUAUGGGCCUUGACUGUGAAUACAUCACUAUUGUGCCUUUUCAUGUUUCAACAUUCUGCUAUGACGAAACCACUUUUCAAGAGGGCACUAGGUUCUCUGGGGUUACAAGUUGCUGAGAGAAGCAUUUAUGUGAUCGCAACUUCAUUUAUUCUGCAUGCUCUAAUUCAGUUCUGGCAGCCUAUUCCAUGGAUAAGUCUGUGGCACAUAGACACAAGUGGCACAGCACUGUGGACUGUGUUUACUGCGGUGCACUGUGGUGCUUGGUGUAUUAUUUAUAUCGGCGCCAUCAUGAUGGACCUUGGAGAAAUGCUUGGCAUUAAACAAGUUUAUUAUAAUUUACGUGGAUUGCCUGAUCCCAUAACUUUCAAAUCCAGAGAAUUGCAGAGACUGUACCUUCAUAUGCGUCAUCCAAGUUUCACUGGAUUCUGUAUCUUGCUUUGGAUUUAUCCGUUCAUGAGCCUAGACCGAGUAUUGCUAGCUGGUCUGUGGACUCUCUAUAUGAUGGUAGCAUGGAAUGUUGACCAAUUUGACUACCAGUACCAGUGCCAUCAGCUGAGGAGAAAGCAUUCCAAACUGACCUAUUACUAGUCCUUUAGGUGUUCAUCUGUGACAAAGAAGAAUUAUUUCUUCCUUAUAACAAGUUUUAUAUAUAAAAAUAUGCAGGGCUCAACAAUGUCUGCUCAUCUGUGACAAUGGAAAAAUGUUUGAAUUUAUUCACUCUCUGUUUUGAUUUCUCUGCAGAUGUCCA